AUGUGCGGGAUACCGGUCCCUGCCUUUGAUGCAGCACCUCCAAAACUCCGUCAUGGCUGUGAGCAUGUAAUCUGUCCAGAGUGCAUCCCCUCCGAUGACCAGAGAUCAGCGAACAAGACCUCGUGCUUGUAUUGUGGUGGGCAUUUAAGUCCAAAAUCAGACGCCCUGACGCCAAAUAGCGGUGACGACAGCAAUGACAAGGUGGACCAUUUCGAUCUUUCACGAGUCUCAUCGAAAAUCGAAGUCCUGAUCCACGACCUCCAGCAAACCCCAAGAGACACGAAGAGGUACGUCGGCUCUGCUAGACUAGCAGAAGUCUUUGAGAACCAAGCUUACACCAACUCACCUAGCAUUGUAUUUUCCUGCUGGACAAGAACCCUGGACCUGGUCGCACUCCAUCUCACUCGGAUGAAGAUCCUUCAUCAACGAAUUGACGGCAGGCAAACACUGGCAGAAAGACAGCACAACAUGAGCCGUUUUGUGUCUGACGAGGGCACCUCCGUUCCAGUUCUGCUCAUGACUACCGGUGUCGGUGCAUUCGGGCUCAACCUCACAGCUGCUAACCACGUCUACAUUCUCGAGCCCCAGUGGAACCCAAGCGUCGAGAGUCAAGCCCUCGGUCGUGUUGCCCGCCGUGGUCAGAAGAAGACUGUCCCAGUCACGAGAUACCUGGUUCAUGGCACCGUGGAGAUUGUAUGA